GGGAGCGCGGGCUUUGGAAGGCGGCUGAGCGAGAGGGUACCCGCGGUCGCGCUGAGAGAGGUGCUGGCUGAGGCUUGUUGUGGGGGACACCGGACCAAGCGCUCGCUGCCGAGGCCUCGCGCUCCAGAGGCCAGCUGCCCCUCCUCUGUGUUGCUAUGGGAAUUCAAGGCCUGGCCAAACUGAUUGCUGAUGUGGCCCCUGGUGCCAUCCGGGAGAAUGACAUCAAGAGCUACUUUGGCCGCAAGGUGGCCAUCGAUGCCUCCAUGAGCAUUUAUCAGUUCCUGAUUGCUGUUCGCCAGGGUGGGGAUGUGCUGCAGAACGAGGAGGGUGAGACCACCAGCCACCUGAUGGGCAUGUUCUACCGCACCAUCCGCAUGAUGGAGAAUGGCAUCAAGCCCGUGUACGUCUUUGACGGCAAGCCACCCCAGCUCAAGUCAGGUGAGCUGGCCAAACGCGGCGAGCGGCGGGCUGAGGCAGAGAAGCAGCUGCAACAGGCUCAGGCUGCUGGGGCCGAGGAGGAGGUGGAAAAGUUUACAAAGCGGCUGGUGAAGGUCACCAAGCAACACAACGAUGAGUGCAAGCAUCUACUGAGCCUCAUGGGCAUCCCCUACCUCGAUGCGCCCAGCGAGGCCGAGGCCAGCUGUGCUGCCCUGGUGAAGGCUGGCAAGGUCUACGCUGCCGCCACGGAGGACAUGGAUUGCCUGACCUUUGGCAGCCCUGUCCUAAUGCGGCAUCUGACUGCCAGCGAGGCCAAGAAGCUGCCCAUCCAGGAGUUCCACCUCAGCCGGAUCCUGCAGGAGCUGGGCCUGAACCAGGAGCAGUUUGUGGAUCUGUGCAUCCUGCUGGGCAGCGACUACUGUGAGAGCAUCCGGGGCAUUGGGCCCAAGCGGGCCGUGGACCUCAUCCAGAAGCACAAGAGCAUCGAGGAGAUCGUGCGUCGGCUCGACCCCAACAAGUACCCUGUGCCGGAAAAUUGGCUCCACAAGGAGGCCCAGCAGCUCUUCCUGGAGCCUGAGGUGCUGGACCCGGAGACUGUGGAGCUGAAAUGGAGUGAGCCAAAAGAAGAAGAGCUCGUCAAGUUCAUGUGUGGCGAAAAGCAGUUCUCUGAGGAGCGAAUCCGCAGUGGGGUCAAGCGGCUGAGCAAGAGCCGCCAGGGCAGCACCCAGGGCCGCCUGGAUGAUUUCUUCAAGGUCACCGGCUCGCUCUCCUCAGCUAAGCGCAAGGAGCCAGAACCCAAGGGAUCUGCUAAGAAGAAGGCAAAGACUGGGGCAGCGGGGAAGUUCAAAAGGGGCAAAUAAAUGUUUCCCCUCGUUAAGCCUCCUUGACCCCAGAAUAUUCGCCUUGCUGUACCCUCAAGAGCUAGCGCUAAAGAAACCGCCACGGGGGCAGGGAGGGGACUGCAUCGCUUCUCCAGCACUACCCUCCUCAGUAGUGCUUUUCCCUUUUUUACUUGAUCUUAUGGCAGGAAAGCCACCGAGGUACUUGGUUUUUUUUCUUUUUUGCUCAGGAAAGUAUGUCAGGCUCAAACCACCUCUCAGGCAGUUUAAUGGACACUGAAUCCAUUGUCACUUGAAAGUGACAGCAACAAGUUUUGAAGAGGGGAGAUGGGGAUGAAUGGUAAAGAUAAAUGACUGUACAGGAUAUCCUGGCUGGCCACCUGGUGGCUGGUGGGAGGUGAUGGUGGAACCAGACUGCGCUGGUCUCUGGUUUGGCCUUGGCUCACCCUGAAGGACAGCCAUCAGGAAGACCCAGUCGUAACCGAUGGGAAGAGCCACUAAGAAAUGAGACAGGCCUCUGCUAGAGUCCCUGAAGUUGGCAACAAGGGUUUGAUGACUGGGUAUGUGUCCUGGGGUGGGCAGACACUUGAACUUGCUAUGUAACUUGAGUCUUUACAUUUGUAUUCAGAGGCGGAAGGUGGCAAAGUUCUCAUGGCCUCUCUGAGGCAAUCAACUGAGUUGAGACUUUGGAAUAAGAUGCUGUUUUCAUGUGCUGUUUUUGUUUUAAAGGUAUGAGGAGAAAGAGUCAAUAAAAUUACAAAAGUCA